AUGGCUUCUAAGAUCUUUCAUCCCAUCUUCUUUAUACUUCUCAUUUUCAUUCCACUUGCACCAAUUGGCCAUGCCAAGAGGAGCUCCCCAAGUGACAAAAACUCAUCACCUUUUAAUUUCAUCAAGAAAUUAAAAGGUUGUCAAAAGGGAAACAGCACAAAAGACAUCCACGAGCUCAAAGCCUAUCUCGAGAAAUUCGGUUAUUUCAGCUAUGAAAACAAUGCUCAUGCCAUGGAUGAUGAUUUCGAUGAUACCCUAGAAUCAGCCAUCAAAACCUACCAGAAAAACUACAACAUCAAACCCUCAGGUAUCGUAGAUGAUGAAACGAUAUCCAAAACGACAACCCCUCGAUGUGGGGUGCCUGAUAUUGCUAACAGCAUCAACUACAUGCAACCUCGUGACAAUAAUCACGAGUCGAGCUCGAGCAACAUCCACACAGUAUCUCACUACAGUUUCUUUCCGAGAAGCCCUAAAUGGCCAUCUUCUAAAACCUAUCUCACUUAUAGAUUCAUCUCCAACGUUCCAACAUAUGCUAGAGCCCCGGUGGCACGUGCCUUCCAAAAGUGGUAUUCCGUCACCCAAUUUUCCUUUGAACAAGUCCCAACCAAUCAAAACUCUGAUUUGGUUAUAGGGUUCUACCGCCGCGACCACAGAGAUGGAUUCCCUUUUGAUGGCCCCGGCGGAGUCCUAGCUCAUUCGUUUGCACCGACUAAUGGAAGGUUCCAUUACGAUGCCGAAGAGAGGUGGUCCGUUGGGUCAGUUCCGGGAUCUUAUGACCUUGAAACCCUUGCACUUCAUGAAAUCGGACACCUUUUAGGGCUUGAACACAGUAGAGUUAAUGAAGCUAUCAUGUUUCCGACGUUUUCAGCCGGACAGGUCAAGAACUUGCAUCCAGAUGAUAUCCAAGGAAUAAGAGCUUUGUACAAUCAGUGA